AUGACACGGUUCAACUACGCCUCCCCCGAAGACAUUGUGCGCCUUCUGGAGCUGCACCUGCAAGGCAAUGAGCUGACAGUCGAGUCGCUACCCAAAUUGGCGCGUGUGAUCACACUCAGCAUUGGAGACCUGCAGGAUCUAUAUUUAUCCCAAAUUCAGAUCGAAAUCCGCACGGCCGACCAGAAGGCGAAGUGGGAAGGGUUCCUGCAAUCAUUCAGGGACUGCUAUAUGCUGAAACGGGUGGAUGUUGGAGACAAACCCCUCAGUCCGAUGGGGAUGGAAAUCCUGGUUCGGACCUACAUUCGGAGUCGGUUGGAUUUUGCUGACGAUGUAGACGAUCUCGCUGAUAUUCGCAGCCCGAUAUCCGGUGAAAUAGUUGACUGGACGCCUCAGCCAGCUCCCCAGUCCAAAUUGAGGUCGGCGAUUGAACACAGGCAUUUCGCCCGCGCCCGUAGUUUGCGCUCUGUGCCCUACUUGAUCGUGUCGAAUAUGGCCAUGACCCGUGGCGCCGUGAUCCAUCUGUCGAGCAUGAUGACCACCCAGAAAUCACGAGAGUAUCUCCGUUCAUUUCUGCCUGCAGGGAAAGUGGUGAUGCUCCCACAAGAAGCGCGAAAUGUCUGCCGCAGUAUCAUCUGGUUGCCGAACGACACAUUGACUUCACAGUUGCGCGAGUUACUUCAUUGUGCAACCACACUCGCCGAUCAGACCCCGGGAUGCUCUAGCGAUGUCUCUGGUAACGAAUGGUUCCGGACACUGCCAUCUCCCAAACCCAACCAGCGCGCCAGAGAGAACUGCCUCCUGCAGAGCGUGUUCCAGAGUAAUCGCCAUUUCGAGUAUGAGCUGCUCACCAAGAAAAUCGUCCUGGAGGCGCUCGAAGCCGAAGGAGUUAAUAAUUCCGAGCUGUGGUGCGCAGCUGUCAACAUGCUGGCCAAAGGGCGGGCCGUCAUGAUUGACGACAAACAUCGUCCGACGCUCCAACCACUAUCGGUUCCGCAGACGGCCUUGACGCGGUACAUGCCCGAGUUCAACCGAAACUUUCCCGAGCUGGGCUCGGAUCCCUGGAGUUUGAUGAAGGAUCAAUUCGCUCUUCUGUCAGCCAGUUCGGGCGAGUCGCCGCAGAAGAAUGGCCGCUUCGGGCUCCCGUUGGAAGUCUGGUGCCGCAUCGUUGCCGAGGCUGUUGGCGCGCAGAACGUCCUCACUGACCAGCAGCAGAUGCAGAUCAUGCGGUAUGCCGGGGAUUGGAAUACGUUGACAGGGGAAUGGCAGAAUGAGUUGCAGCCACUGUUGGUAUUUCUGGAGGCGGUGCAGUGCCUAACAUACUCAGACUGA